GAAAAUGGCAAGAAGCGGUGGAGUGAUACAGAGUGCCACCUCAUCACCUCCAUCUUUGCUUGCUGUUACACACUUUCAAUCGCUGACAUGCAUUACCAUACUUUCCCAAAACGAAACAUCUAAAAAAAAUUAAAUUAAAAUACAAAAACGAAAAUAAUAAAAAAAUCCAAAAACUCACCAGAAACUGAAAAACAUUUUCGAUUCCAUUGCGUUUCGUUCCUUUUUCAUCUCUCUCUCUCUCUAGAAAAUCACCGUUCACCGUUGAUUGAUCGACGACGGAACCAUGAAUAUCUUCAGACUUGCCGGCGACAUGACUCAUCUUGUCAGCAUUCUCGUCCUCCUCCUCAAAAUCUACGCCACAAAAUCAUGCUCAGGGGUUUCUCGAAAGACUCAAGAGCUAUACGCGAUCGUGUUUCUAGCACGUUAUUUGGAUCUAUUCACAGACUUCAUUUCUGUUUAUAAUUCGUUUAUGAAAGUUGUGUUCAUUGCUAGUUCUUUGGCUAUUGUUUGGUGCAUGCGUGUUCAUCCUAUGGUUAGGAGAAGUUAUGAUAAAGAGCUUGAUACUUUUCGCCAUUAUUUUCUUGUUGCUGCUUGCUUUCUUUUGGCACUUGUCUUGCACGAGAAAUUCACUUUUCAAGAGAUCUUCUGGGCAUUUUCAAUAUACUUGGAAGCAGUUGCAAUACUGCCCCAGUUGGUUUUGUUGCAACGAAGUGGAAAUGUUGACAAUUUGACUGGGCAAUAUGUAUUCUUUCUUGGUGCAUACCGUGGAUUUUACAUUCUCAACUGGAUAUACCGCUAUCUGACUGAGCCACGUUUCACUCGAUGGAUAGCCUGUGUCUCAGGUGUUCUUCAGACAGCUUUGUAUGCUGAUUUCUUCUACUAUUAUUUCAUCAGUUGGAAGAACAAUUCAAAACUAAAGUUGCCUGCUUGAAUUCUCUCGAGAUUGUUUUGAAAUUUAGACCCUUGAUAGGUGAGUCCCUGCUGGAUUUUAAGAGUGUAGUCUAGAGAUAUAUGAGACAAGGCCAACUCUGCCCCUACUCAUAAGUGGGUUAGGUAUGGGGUAUUUUGGGGUAAAUGGAAUUUUACUUCUGAUGAACAUAACCACCUAGCAAUGCAAUAUUAUUAGGUUAAAAAUGAAAAUGUUACAUGUGAUGAUAUGUUGUUUGUAGAUUCAGGUCUCCAUUCCAUGGUAUUGUAUAGUUUGAAGUGUAAGGUAGCUGAUUUUGGUUAUGAUUGGAAUGAUCCUAGCUUAGGUAUGAUUACACUGUAAAAUUUAUACAAUUUACUUGUCACCGAGCUCCCAAAAAUGAAGUUGGAAUGUUCUA